GCCAAAAAAUGUGAUGGUUUACCAUUAGCUGCAAUGGCAAUAGGAGGUCUUCUUCGCACCAAAUUAUCACAAGAUUACUGGAACGAUGUAUUAAAAAGUAAUAUAUGGGAAUUGACAACUGAUGAGUUGCAACCAUCUCUGAUAUUGAGCUAUCGUUAUCUUCCUGCUCCUUUAAAAAGAUGCUUUGCUUACUGUUCAAUUUUUCCGAAGAACUCAAUUUUAGAGAAAAAUAUGGUCGUUCAGUUGUGGAUUGCAGAAGGUUUAGUACCUCAGCCUCAAAGUGAGAAAAGUUGGGAAAAAGCAGCCGAAGAAUACUUUGAUGAACUAGUGUCGAGGUGUCUGAUACAUCAAAGGUCCGGUGAUGAUCUGGUCGUAAACUUUGAGAUGCAUGACCUUGUCAAUGAUUUGGCUAUGACAGUUUCAUCUCCAUAUUGUAUUAAGUUGGAUGAACAGAAGCCAAAUGAAAGGGUACGUCAUUUGUCAUACAAUAUAGGGGAAUAUGAUUCAUACGAUAAAUUUGACAAGUUGCAAGCAUUAAAAGGUUUACGAACAAUCCUAGCCUUGCCAUCACAUCUAACAAGGUUCUCAUGUAACAAUUUUUUGUCGAGGAAGUUAGUUUGUGACUUGCUGCCACAAAUGAAACAGUUACGUGUGUUGUCUCUAUCAAAUUACACAGGAAUAUCACUAAGUUGCCCAACUCUAUUGGAAAUUUGAUAUACCUGCGAUACUUAAAUGUCUC